GCCGUGGCCGUGACCGUGAACGCUCGAACCCUCUCCGUUAACCACAAGGUUUAUCCAGGGUUUAAACAAUCCUAAUCUUCAAUUUCAACAUUUCCAAAUCCUAAUCCAAACAAAACCCUAAACCAUCUUCAAAAUCCGAAUUGUUCUUGUUAUUCUUUAUGAUUUUUUCCUCCGUCUAGGGUUUUCAAUUUCUUUCUAAGAUCAGUUCGUUACUCAGGAGUUCGGGUUUUCAUUCUUCGUUAAAUCCGCUAGUCAAUUGAUUUACCUGAAGCAAAGGGUUUACUGAUGUACCAUUAAUUUCAAUGGGACGAUGGUGUUAUUGGGUUUUCAACUUGAGGUAUAAGUGAUGUGAAUAUUGAAUAUGAGCGAUGGAGGUGGGAAGAAUGGGAAAAAGCACGACCAACCACAGACUAAGAGGAAAUUUGGUGGAAAUGACUUUGCCCUUGCCAUUUCAAAGAUUGCAGUAGCACAAAUAUGUGAAAAUGUGGGAUUUCAGACUUUUCAGCUGUCUGCUCUGGAAGCACUGUCUGAUGUUGCUGUGUGUUACAUACUCAAUAUAGGAAAAUCUGCACAUUUCCAUGCAAAUAUAGCAGGUAGAACAGAGGUUAAUUCUUUUGACAUUAUUCAAGGGUUGGAAGAGUUGGGAUCUGGUUUGGGAUUUGCUUGUUCUUCUGAUGUUGAUCACUGUCUAGCCAAUUCAGGCAUUGUUCGGGAAAUUAUCCAGUAUGUUGCUGAUUCUGAAGAUAUCCCAUUUGCUUAUUCUCUUCCUAAUUUCCCAGUUGUCCAAGACUGUAAACCAGCCCCAAGUUUUCUACAAACAGGAGAAGAGCCUCCUGGUGAGCAUAUCCCGGCUUGGCUGCCUUCCUACGCUGAUCCUGAGACCUAUGUUCAGUUGUCUACAGGAAAUGAGAAAACAACUGUUUCUUACUCAGAGAGGAUUGAACCAGCUAAGCAACUGACAAAGACAGAUAGGUUUUUGUUGAAUUUGCAGCAACGUUUUGCUUGCAAUGGAUCUGAAGGCCCUUCUUCAGUUGAUGGUGGAGAUGCUGUUAAAGCAAGGAAAGCAGCAGAGUGCAAUCCUUAUCUUGCUGCACCUCUGCAUUUUGGGGAAAAGGAAGUGUCUUCUGUUGUUCUUCCUGGUAAACUUUCAAAUGAAGGAAUUGUGACAAAUCAUGUCAUGGAAAAUCGUGUUGUGAGAAAUCAUGUUUCAGUGCUGGAGACAUUUGCGCCAGCAAUUAAAGCAAUGAAGAGUGGGAAUUGUGAAUCUGAGGAUGGGCAGAAUAAAGCACUUCUUAAUCAGAGGCCUAGUGUGCAUUUUAAGAUUGGCAUUGGAAAGAAGUCCUGAGGUGCAGCACUAGAUUUGAACUCACAGAGCAAGGGCAGUGAGAAAAUUUCUCCUUGGUUUGGUAAUGAUAAUGAGAAGGAUAACAAGAAAAGGAGGGCAGAAUAUAUUCUGAAAGUGUCUAUAGAGAAUCUAGAGGAAUUCACUCAGUUGUAAAAUAGGUUUGUUCGAUUGUCAUUUGUAUACUUUCUAGGAAACUGGCAGCAGAUGUGGGCUGCAGGAUAGUCAGGGUCAGGAAGGUAGUCUUCUCUCUAUAUGCCCCCACUUAGAGUGGAUACUGGAAAUGCCAGGUAACACAGGGAAGUGUCAUGUUAAAUAGAUUCUUUGAGGUAUGUGUAUGUCAUUGCCUUGAUAGUACCUGUUCGGUGGCUAUUCUUUUUAAAUGAAAUUCUUGUUUCCCAUUUUGUGAUAAGCUCAUGAAUGCUAUGGAUUUCUCUACCUUGGGUACAAUCUGGUCUUAUCUCUAGAUGUGUAUGCUAGGCUCAUUUAUUGAAGCUUCAUACCAUACUGUAUUAUUAUUCAAUUUACAAAUGAAUGCAGAAUUGCAGA